UCAUGGAAUUGGGAAGUAAAUAGAACGUUACCCGGGAACAGAACGUUAGCCUGGGAAUAGAACGCCGGGAACAGAAUGUUGGCCCGGGAAUAGAACCUUGUCCGGAAGCGGAAUGUUGGCCCGGGAGCAGAAGUUUAAAUUGAGGAUUUAACAGGAGGCACAUCAUCAGCCACCGACUGAGCAUGUUCCUGGACUCCAGGGGUCCUCCGACUGCUGGCACCCUGGACGUUCUCUGCCUCCGUCUACACCUCAAGCGAGUGUGAAGUGCCCUCACCGCUGCUUCCCGGGGCACUAGCCGACAACCUAAUUCCCACCGAGGUGCUGGUAUCUGCGCUGGUGCCUGCCUGGCUGAGAAGGCUAUCCUGGUUUCACUUUAAUGGUGAACUGAAGAUGGAUGACGAGAUAGCUCAGCUAGUAGCAGAACAAGAUCAUUCCUCUGACGAACCGUGUGUUUGGACAAGCUGCUCCCAUCCAGAAAUCCGUUUCCCUCUGCCUACAAGUGUACUUCAAUCCCAAAGUAUCAAAGACAGAAAACAAACUGGCUUCCGAAGGACGGUCGAAACCUGUCUGAGUCGCAUUCAGAAAGCCAUGUUUCAUCACCAGUGGCAGACUGCUGCAGAACUGAUGACAAACUACUUCCAGAUCUUAGAAGACAACACUACCAGAAAACAGGAAUCUGCAAGUAAGGUAAUUUGGAGAAUGGGAACUGCAAUACUUCAGCAUCAUCCCAACAGCUGUAUUGAGGAUGCCAAUUCAUUUGCUGGGAAAAUGAAGAGUAUUGGAGUGAAACAUUACCUGAAGGUGUGCUUGGAGCAUGCUAUUCACCUGAUGUGCAAUGGAAAGAUGGAUGAAGCCUACCGGGAACUAUCUUUAGCUGAAACAUGGAGAUAUGGAGAAAAAUCAGCAACUCAGCACAAAGUGCUUAAACUCAUUCAGGGCUAUAGGGCAUUGCUUGACUAUUAUACAUGGGUUAAAAAGAAUAGUGCUCUUCAGGAGAAAGCUGAUGAUGCAGUGGAUUCAGGCACAGCACAAGAGAUGCACAACUAUUUCAGACAAGCCUCUAUUGGUCUGCACGAUGUUGUAGAACAUCCUGGUGUUUGGGAUCCCUUUAUACUCAGUUAUGUAAAUCUACUUGACUUUUAUGAUGGUUUUGAAGAAGCCCUGAAGGUGUUAAACGAUUACGCUUAUAAUAGCAAGUUUCCGCCAAACCCAAAUGCACAUGUGUAUUUAUACGAGUUUCUGAAGAAACACCAUACCUCACCUAAAAAAUUGCUGAAAGUAUUGAGGAUAUUGUAUCAGCUGGUUCCUUCCCAUGAACUGAUGUUGGAAUUUAAUUCAUUGCUGCUGCAAUCAGAAAAAAUGAAGCAUCAUAAGGAAGCACUGGGUGUCCUUUUCUGUCUUCUGGAUUUCCCUACUUGGAAAGAAAACUACCGCACUUGGAAAUGUUUAAUAAAACAGAUGAAGAAAGCUAUAGCUGAGGGUCACUCUGACUGGAUCAAAGAGCAAUGGGAGUUAAGACAAGAUUGGUGGCCUGCAUUUCAUUUCAGCAAAUUUCGAGCACAUAGGGAUUUUGAAGAAAAUGAGAGCUAUGCUUGUAGGAAAGCAGUUAUUGCAGGAAUCCUAACGGGGAAAGGUUGCAAAUACUUCAUCACCAUUUACCGAUUGGGAUAUAAAGUUCAGAAUGCAAAGAUGAAGAAGAUGAAGCAAUAUGUAAAGGAUCACAGUCUGCUGCAGCUGAGUGAAUGUUAAAUUGUGGGAGUUUGCAUUUCCACUUUAUAAAACUUGAAACUGAAAUUUUCAAGAAUUUCUAACAUUUGAAAUCUCUCUUUGAAUUAAAAGGGAACGAAAGUGUUUUAACUCCACUUGUAAGAGAACUGCUGCUUCAUCUUUUGCACUGAUUUAGGAACUAUUGGCUAGCAUGUUCCUUUUUGUUAAGAGGAAAGAGGAGUGUGACGCGGGGAAGAUGGGGGAAAGGAAAAGUGAGGGCGGCAUCAGGAGGGUUGAGCUACUGCUUCUCCCAACAGGCCCAGAUUUUCUUCAGUGUGAGGCAUUGUUUUGAAGAACAUUCCGUAAAAUAACAGUUGUAUAUAAAAAUGCUAAAUGUAAAGCUAUAAAAAUGUGUAACUUUGACAAAUUUGUACUUUUGCAAACCCAUAAAUAGUUUGCAAGCAAACAUUGAACUUUUUUUUCUAAUGAAACAUGUACAAAAUAAUGUAUUUAUGACAAAAAAAAUAAUUAAAUAAAACAAUAGUGCUUGUCUGAAAAGACCAGUUCUAUCACAAGAUUAA